AUGGAUAACGUAUACAAUACUGCUCAACCAUUUAUGCAUAACAUUUCUACUAUUACUGCACAUCAGCAGCAGCAGCAAGAACAACUUCAUCAACGGCAAAAUACUGCUAAUUUACGUCAUUCCCAAUUGCCUAAGCGUACAACUUCUUUAGUAAGACCUGAAAGAAGUAGAAUUGAUCCUCAGCAUCCACAAUAUCAUACGCGACGAAGAAUUAUGCUUGAAGAUGAUGAACACAACAACCACUAUCGAGAUACCCAAUUCAAUACAACUAGCCGAUCAGUUAUUCGAAGAGGAUUGCUAGGCAGAGAGGAAGAUUUUGAUUAUCUCGAUGAAAAGUUUCAGGACAAUAACAUGAAACCAACAGCAGCAUAUGGAGCAACUGGAAACGCCACAAAAGUCACUACCACUACUUCUUCAGUUGUGGACUAUGUGAUUGAAGAUCAACCAAGCAAAACAUGCAGUGUAUGGAUAACUAUUUGUUAUUUAUUAACAUGUUGUUGUCCUCCGCCUUUGCUACGAGCUAUAGGCAGAAAAGAUAAAAACGCACAAAUGGCAUUUCGCGAAAAGAUAGGUUUGGUAACCGUAAUACUAGGUAUUAUGGCAAUGGUCGGUUUUCUAACAUUUGGAUUCACACAAGUUGUGUGCCCACGACCUCCACUCAGCUUCCGUGUGGAAUCCAUCAAUGAUGGUUAUGUGAUAGUACAUGGCUGGGCUUACAUGCUGGCUUCAUGGAACGAUCAUCCACCGAUUGCACCAGCCAUAGCUAAUGAUAUUAGCGGCAAUAAUAACAAAAUCAACAAUGUUAUGGAUGAGCCGUUCAAUGCUAGUGGAAAAGAUGCAUCCUUUCUGUUUCAGAAUAUCAAUGGAAACUGUCUUUCUAUCAUUAAACCUAAAGAUGAUACAGUCGUCAUAGGCCACGAUGCCACACCUGGUUAUUUCCCGUGUCAGUUGUUGGAACGCAGUAAUCAAAAUGAAAAUGAUAAUAGCAUGAACUUGAUUAACAGCAAUAAUGCAUCCUCUCCGUAUGCGAAUAACGCAGCCUGUCAUGUUAAAUCAGCCUCACGUCAACUAUUUACAACCAUGAGAGAAACGGGUGUCAUCAAUUCUAAUGGAAAUUAUGAUAAGGCUGGUAGAGUCUACUAUGAUUGGGAGGAUGUCAAUAAAACUUCUCAUUUAGCGGUUUACAAUAGUAAUGUAUUGAACUUAAAUUUGUUACAAUUAUUGCUAUUAUCAACUUUUUCAGUACCAGAAAAUGGUUUGAUAGAAGCCAUAAUCAACGAUAAAAACCGUUUUGGCGGUCAAGAUAUUACACACAUUGUAGCAACCCACAGAAAUCAACCCUUAUCCAUCGACAACAAUACUAACAAAACGACUUCUUUGCAUCCAAUAACUUGGAAGGCCGAAGCCCAAUGCCUUCUUGACAUCAUCAAAGUAGGAGAAGUUGAUACCAAGAGUUUUGGCUGUAUUGUGUCGGAUGUAGUUCUCUACACUUCUCUUAUGGUUAUCCUCGGGGUCAUCCUGGUUAAAUUUGGGUUAGCAGUCAUCUUUGGUUGGUUCUUAUCAUGGAAAUUAGGCAACUUUAAAAAUGUUGAAGGCAAAACGUCUUAUAAAGAUCGAAUGCGUCGUGAUCUGGAAAUUGAAGAUUGGACGGCUGGUAUUAAUGUACCUGCAGCUGCUAUUCGGCCUCAACAAUCACAACUGUUUGGCAGCAGCAACAGUACAGCAGCAGCAAAACUUCAACAUCAUAUUUCGAGCCCAAAUCUGUACCACGCUUACAAUAACUCGAAUAAAAUCCUUCAAAAGAAAAGAAGUAUUAUUCCAACAAAGUCAAGGUUUACUCAACCUGAUACAGGAACAAUGCACUUCAAAUCUCUGGAGCAUCAACCAAGUACUAUAUGGCAGCAAGCUCCUACCGGCCCCAGAGGUAUGGGCAAAUAUCUUAGCUCGCAGAAUUUACUGUCUCCACGUCCUACUUUAUCCGUGUCGGACAACCGAAGUAACAUGACCAGUCCCUUAUCACGUAGGUCUUCCCAGACUUCUGCAACUACGCCAAUAAACAACAAUAACAAGCAAGACAACGAUGAUGACGACAAUAAUACUUCUUCUUCAAAUGCAACUGCCUUCUUUUGUCCUUAUGAACUAUCCCCCUACACUUUGCCUCAACCAAAAGCAGAUUAUAAACCAUUUGGCUUUCCACUUGCGCAUACCAUCUGUCUCGUCACUUGCUACUCUGAAGGAGAAGAGGGUCUUCGUACUACACUCGAUUCCAUUGCUACUACCGACUAUCCCAACUCACAUAAACUUCUUCUUGUCAUCGCAGACGGCAUGAUUACAGGCCACGGCAAUAAACGUUCUACUCCAGAUAUAUGUAUCUCUAUGAUGAAAGACUUUUUAGUCCCACCGGAGCAAGUGGAAGCUUGUUCGUACAUUGCAAUUGCUGAUGGUACAAAACGCCAUAACAUGUCCAAAGUCUAUGCUGGCUUCUACAAUUACAAUCCUAUUACUGUCGACCGUAAACUUCAAAAACGGGUCCCUAUGGUCACCAUUGUAAAAUGUGGCACACCUGCUGAGCGGCAAGAAUCUGCCAAUGGUAAACCCGGUAACCGAGGUAAACGCGAUUCUCAAGUGAUCUUGAUGUCCUUUUUACAAAAAGUCAUGUUUGACGAACGUAUGACAGAGCUUGAAUAUGAACUCUUCACAACACUGUGGCGUAUCUCAGGUAUCAGUCCUGAUAAGUAUGAAACUGUUCUUAUGGUAGAUGCUGAUACAAAAGUGUAUCCUGAUGCACUUUCUCGCUUAAUCAGUUGUAUGGUCAAUGAUCCUGAGGUGAUGGGGCUUUGUGGUGAGACGAAGAUUGGAAACAAAACGGAUAGCUGGGUCUCAAUGAUACAAGUAUUCGAAUACUAUAUAUCGCAUCAUCAAAGUAAGGCGUUCGAGUCGAUAUUUGGAAAUGUGACGUGUCUACCAGGGUGUUUCUGUAUGUAUCGUAUCAAAGCGCCUAAGGGGCAUAAUGGACAUUGGGUACCUAUACUAGCAAAUCCAGAUAUUAUCGAGCAUUAUUCGGAGAAUGUUGUUGAUACACUGCAUAAAAAGAACUUGCUGUUGCUAGGCGAGGAUCGUUAUUUAUCCACAUUGAUGUUGAAGACGUUUCCAAGGAGAAAAAUGCUUUUUGUGCCUCAAGCGGUGUGUAAGACGGUUGUGCCUGAUUCCUUCGCGGUGUUACUAUCGCAGAGAAGAAGAUGGAUUAAUUCCACAAUCCACAAUUUGAUGGAGUUAUUAUUUGUUCAUGAUUUAUGUGGUACCUUCUGCUUGUCGAUGCAAUUUGUCGUAUUCAUGGAGUUGGUCGGUACAUUGGCUCUACCAGCAGCUAUUUCAUUCACAAUGUAUUUAAUUAUUCUUGCUUGCAUUGGACAGCCUGCUGUUUUAUCUCUUAUUCUUUUGGCUCUUAUACUUGGUUUGCCUGCUGUGCUUAUUGUUAUGACCAGUCGGAAACUCGUUUAUGUCGGAUGGAUGUUUAUUUACUUGUUCAGUUUACCCAUAUGGAACUUUGUCUUACCGACAUACGCCUAUUGGCAUUUUGAUGAUUUUUCUUGGGGAGAGACCAGAAAAGUGGAAGGCGAAGGUGAGCCAGGUGCUUGUAAAGACCACAGCGAUAAAGAAGGAGAGUUUGACUCUUCACAAAUCAUGAUGAAAAAAUGGGUGGAGUAUGAAAGAGAUAGAAAGAUGAAAGAAGCUGAAACGAGGGAGAGAGCGCUGUUCGAACAGCAACAGCUGGCAAUAACGAGAUGGACACCUAUGCAGGCAGAACUGUCCCUGGAUUUAGACAGGUCUACUUUAUCCACAUUAAUUGACUCAAGUCUAGGUAAUAAUCAUAAUAGCAGUUUGAAUUCAUCAGCGCGGUUUAUUCAAGCAGGCACACCGCCUACAACUCCACCUCUUCCACCACCCUCGCAGCAGCACCUUCGACAUAACAUGAUACUUGACGAUUCAAACACUUACAAAAUAGAAGAGCAGUAUACAAGCAAUACCGAGAAUAAUGACAUGAAUAUAGAUGAAGAUGAGAUUGAGGAGAGUCUGAGUGUUUUUCCUUCCAUAACAUUACCUUCUAUCGAUUCUACAACUUUACCGACAUUUGCAUUUGAAAAAGAAGAUACCCUUUCGGUGACAAGCCUGUUUAAUACUACUUCAAUCUCGAACCUGCAAAAAUCAUUAGGUAUACACAACUCAAUGACUAAUGUUGGUGAAGAAGGCAAAAGGAAUGCGGAUGAGAAGCAUUCAUCAAAUCAAAUUAAGCCACCUGUUAGUGACCUAAUACAGUCAUUACGUGCACUCUUCAAAUCAUGGGAGUUAGAUUAUAAGCGACAAAUGAAGAAGGAAGACUUUUUGCAAGAAACCAUUCCUUCAUUUAUUGCAUUAGUGAAUGAUAUGCAUAGAGUGUAUCAGCAAUUUUUCACAGCUGUCAAAAACUCAUCGUCCAAAGAAUAUAUAUCCCAAUCACCAGUUUUUAGAGAAAAUGUACAGCGUUUGAUGCUAAAACUAAUCCCAGAUUCCUUUUUUCGUGUGCUUGACAAGUAUCAAGAAAUCAUCAGCGAUCAAAUCGAAGUUAUGUACGAACGCAACAUGAACAUUGAACAUGGAUUUGCGUAUCUAUUCUGUCCGGAUAUCCGUCUAUGUCAUCGGUAUAAUGAUUUUGAAAAGGAAGUACAGUUAGUAUUAGAUGCCAAUUUACCCGAUUCAGUCACAGUGUUGAACUUGACAGAGGAUGAGUUGGACAGUGCUUUAAAAAAAGAACGGCAACGACAACAGUGUGGGAACGAACCAUUUGAAAACAUGUCACAGGAGCAGUGGCUACCGUAUAUCAAACUUGAUACUACUAUUUAUGACAAGUACGACUUGAAACAGCUUCAUACAAAUCUCGAAAGCUUCGACUUAAUAUGUCAGCAAUUACACGCGAUGGAUUUCAAAUGCGAUUGGAUCGAGAGAGUGAAAAAAAAAGUGAUAAAACGUCUAAAAGCAAUGAAUAGAUAUUACGAAGAUAAUUGGACAAUUUCCAUUUUGCCUUUCUUAUUAAAGUGGUGUCAUGUACUCUUAUUGCCAUGGAUCUCCUAUUUAUUGCCCAAGGAAGAAAAUAAUCAUGAUGCAAAUUGGUUUAACUUCUUACGUGCCAAAACAAAAUUGGAACAUAUCAUGUAUGAAGCCUUCUACUAUACCCGUAUACCCCACAUAUUUGAUAUCAUUGUAGAUUUUCCUGAUAGUAAGCAAACAAUUACAGAUUUUCAAAUUGUUAUAACAAGAAGAGGGAUGUUUGAUGAAUUCAAGAGUGACCUUAUGCAACAGUUGAAAGCGCGUCUUUUACACCAAGGAGCUUCGGCAAUCGAUAUUCUACAUCAAUACAUUGUCUGUAUAGAAUGUUUAAAAAUAAUUGACCCCUCUUGCGAAAUUUUGGCGCCUGUUAUUGAUCUUAUAAAAAACUAUAUGAAUGCUUAUCGAAAAGAUACAGUUAGAGGAGUAGUAGAGUUAAUUCGAGAAGCUAAUGACGAAGAAGAAGAAUUUGUCAGGUUUCCAAUGGACCCAGACGAUGUGCAUGUAUUUGAUGAAGCAGAAUUAAACAACACUCAACGUAUUAGAACGGUUGAUGAUAUUCCAGAGGGCAGAUUAACUAAACUUUCCAAGCUACAGAAGAAAAUCAAAGAUCCAAUUGCAAUGCUUAUCAGCGUAUGCAAAUCUCUGAAAGAAUUUAUCCAUGGUUAUAGUAAUAGAUUUGGUGAAGCCCUUCUUUUAUGCACAAACUACAAUACCGAGGAAGAAGAACGACGCCUUGAAUUUUUAAAGAGGAACUUUCCGCCGGAUACCUUUCUUCGGUGCGAUAUUAUGUUACAAGAUAUGGCUAACAGUCGCCGGUUAGAUAAAAUAAUACAUGAAAGCGGCCAUAUUCAACCUAUUUUUCACAGUAUCAUGAUGUCCAAGAAAUAUUGGCAAGGUGAUAAUGAAGAUCAUGAUUACAACACAGCGGUUGAUGAUGAUGAAGAAAGUCAAGAAACAGUCAGUAAAGGAUUUAAACGAUAUCUUCCUUUUGACGAUUCUCUUGCCACUUAUCAAAAAGAGUUUGAAAGAGUUAAAGUGUCGAGGAAGCUCAAAUUUUCACAUACGAAAGGCUCAGUAAGCUUAACUCUGAACUUCAAUUCAAGAGAGCCACUUAAUGUAAAUGUGACACCAGAAGAAGCUUUAGUCAUUCAGUUAUUCCAAUCGAAAGAUCAGAAACAUACAAUGGAACAUAUCCAUCAGGAAACUGGAAUGAGCAUGAACAAAGUAGCUACUUCUUUGACAUAUUGGAUGGAGAAUGAUGUUUUGGAACUGUCUGCUAAUGGCUAUUUUUCUCUUGUAAAUGAAUAA